UUAAGCUAAUCCUUAAAUCACCCGGAUGUGUUUUGCCGUAGGCUCAACAAAAAUGUGUUGUCUGUUGUUUUUUGUGUAGAUUUGGCUUCCGUGCGUUAUAGAAAUUAAUUUUUCGGGUAUCUACUGUCAAUUCUGUGUUGAUUAGUCGCUUUUAGUUGGGAGCGGUUUCUCUAAAACAUGGCUCCUACGAUUCAGACACAAGCUCAACGGGAGGACGGUCACAGUAGGCCAUCUUCUCACAGAACUGUUCCAGAAAGGUCGGGAAUUGUCUGUCGAGUGAAGUACUGCAACAGCCUGCCAGACAUCCCCUUUGACCCCAAAUUCAUCACAUAUCCAUUCGAUCAGCAUCGGUUUGUUCAAUAUAAAGCUACAUCUCUGGAGAAGCAGCACAAACAUGAGCUCCUGACAGAACCAGACCUUGGGGUGACAAUUGAUCUCAUUAACCCAGACACCUACCGCAUAGAUUCUAACGUUCUUUUGGACCCUGCUGAUGAAAAACUGUUGGAAGAAGACAUCCAGGCUCCGUCCAGUUCCAAAAGAUCACAACAACAUGCAAAAGUGGUGCCGUGGAUGAGAAAAACAGAAUACAUCUCCACAGAGUUCAACAGAUAUGGUGUAUCUAAUGAAAAGGUGGAAGUCAAGAUUGGAGUUUCUGUGAAACAGCAGUUUACAGAAGAAGAGAUCUACAAGGACAGAGACAGUCAGAUUUCUGCCAUUGAGAAAACAUUCGAGGAUGCUCAGAAAUCGAUCGCACAGCACUACAGCAAACCCAGAGUUACUCCUGUGGAGAUCCUCCCUGUGUUCCCUGACUUUAAGAUGUGGAUCAACCCGUGUGCUCAGGUCAUCUUCGACUCUGAUCCGGCACCCAAGGACAUUUCUGCUCCAGCAGGAGUGGAAAUGAUGUCUCAAGCUAUGAUCAGAGGAAUGAUGGACGAGGAAGGAAAUCAGUUUGUGGCUUACUUCCUGCCUAAUGAAGACACGCUCCGUAAGCGAAAGAGAGACUUUGAGGAGGGACUGGACUUUAUGCCAGAGGAUCUGUACGAUUACAAGAUUGCGAGGGAGUACAACUGGAACGUCAAAAACAAAGCCAGCAAAGGUUACGAAGAGAACUACUUCUUCAUCUUCAGAGAUGGAGAUGGUGUUUACUACAACGAGCUGGAGACGAGGGUGCGUUUGAGUAAGAGGAGAGCCAAGGCUGGGGCCCAGUCCACUACUAAUGCUGUACUAGUGUGUAAGCACAGAGAUAUGAAUGAGAAAGAGCUGGAAGCUCAGGAAGCCCGUAAAGCUCAGCUGGAGAACCACGAGCCAGAGGAUGAGGAGGAAGACAUGGACAAGGACAUGCAGGAUUCUGGUGACGAGAAAGAAAAGGGCAGCGGAAGCGAGGUGGAGAACUCCGGCAGUGAAUCUGAGAGGGAAGACGAAGACCAGGAACAAAGCGGAGAGGAGGGCGAAGACGAUGAGGAUCGAGGGAAACGAAGGAGGAAAGCAAGCGGCAGUGGUAGCGAUAGUGGCGAGGAGAGGGCUAGGGAAAUGCGAGACGAGGAAGAGAUCUUUGGUAGCGAUGAUGACAGCGAUGACAACGAGCCCAAGAAUUCAGCUCGGAGCAGCGGGGAGGAGGGCAGCGGGAGUGAGGAUGAGGGGGGGAACAGACGAGCCAGCAGGAGUCGCAGCGCCACUCCGGCACACAGCGACCGCAGCAGCGACCACUCAGACGUUCAGGCUCAGAGUGGAAGUGAGCAAGCGUCUGACUCCAGUGAGGCCAGUGACAGUGAAUAAGACCUGCAGCCUUUACGGCACAGUGGCGAUCGCCAUGGUGAUAGUCACCUUUUGUCACCUGCAUGUUUGGCUCCAAACACAACCCCUUUACCCUGUCAUUAAACAGAAUACGUUCGUCUGGGCUGUAGCUGUCUGAUGAAGUAAAAGACGUGUGAGUCGACAUGAGACAUCUGUUUUCUGUCCAGGUUUUUUUGUUGUAGGUGAAAAUCACUCACCAGUAGCUGUUAGUACACCACUAUUGUCUGUCAGCAUCAUGUAAAAAAUAUCUUUUUCUCUUUGUUUUUACAACUGAUAAUAAACAGCAGGUCACAUUA